AUGGUGCAAGGCCUUCAAGGCCACCUGGGAAUAUCGAACGAAUGCAUAGCCACGGCGCUGUCCUCCCUGGGGUUGGCCCCUACUGGUAACGACGACGCGGAAAAUAUCAAGUCACCCAACUCCUCCGUCGCUCCUGAUGACGAUGCUCUUCGAAUAAAUGCAUUGGAUCUUCGUCAAGGCUCUCAGAGUCAUGGAACAAUUCGACUCUGCGACUCAUCGCUUCGUAAUCAGUGAAGACGUCAACGAAGCGCCGACCAUCUCCUCGCACCAGCCAUUUCUCAUCCGCACUAGAAUAAAUACGGAUGGCUCCGAGACUAUACACCUGGAUCUGAAGAGCCGCCAGUUGCAGACCGAGUUGAAGCAGGUGCUUGGCGAUAUUCCCAACAUCAAUCUGGCCGUGACGAGCGCCUCGGUGGAAGCCAAGAUUCUUUUCCACUGGAUCUGGAAGCUGAAACGCCAUCGAGGAGACGUUGAAGGAGACUGGGGCCAAGAUAAAGGAACCAAACAAGACGAAGCAGACAAAGGUGGCCCACCCGACAAAAACGAAGACGGCCAAGAUGAAGGAGACGAAGAAGAGCAAGAAGCAAACACGCACCCGAUUUCGAACGACUUCGAACUCCUAAUCCACUAGGCAGACGAAUUUCAGAAGUCGAUCAACGAGGAGCUAACAGCCCUCCUGCGAAGAGGCAAGAUGAACUUCGACCUCUUAUGGGCCUUCUAUGAACCCGGUCAGCGGCUCUAUCUCCAAUGCCCCCACACCGGGGCGCCCGGAUACGACCGAUACUCCACCUAGUCCGGAUACUCGUCCUCGAAAACGCCUAGCGACAACACGGGUCUCGAACGUGUGUGCGGCGUGCCGUAUGAGCAAGGUUAAGUGUUCUAGGACCAUUCCAUGCACUAGGUGUAAGGCCAAGAACAAAGAUUGUUAAAUGACGUCUGCCUCUUCCAGUGCAGAGAUCUCGGCAGAAAGGUCGCCGAGACGGCAUGGCUGGCAGGAUAGACGGAGCUCAACCCAACUUUCGACGACCUUGG